ACUCACUAAGCAUCCCACCAGAGACAAGGGUGUGUUGUCCAAAGAGCUGCAGAGCUUAGUGCCAUGAAAGCCUGUAUCAUCACAGGAGUUUCACAUUAAGUCCAGCUCUUCGCCUCCACAACCCUCCAUCACAGCCUCAGACUUCAACCAGCACCUGUCACAAUGUCUGACCUCUCCAACAUCACCUCUCCCUCCUCCUCCACUCGCAAGUAUCACUCUCCUCUGGACUACACCGCAUCCAGUGGCACUACUUUUGGACUGAACCACAUAAUUCUCCUCCACUACAAUCACACGGGCCGCCUUCAGAACAGAACCAUCUCCACCUCCUCCAACAGCAUCAGUGUAUCUGUGCUACUCUUCCUCUCCUUCAGCAUCUUCAUCAUUUUGGAGAACUUGCUAGUGCUUAUUGCCGUCCUUACCCGGAUUCGCACAAGUCGGCGAUGGGUGUAUGUGUGCAUUGCUAAUAUUACUCUGUCUGACUUACUCACUGGUGUUGCCUACUUGGUUAAUAUCUGCAUGUCGGGUAACCAGACUUUUCGGCUCACCCCUGCCCUCUGGCUCUUCCGGGAGGGCAUGCUUUUCGUUGCCCUGGCAGCAUCAAUCUUCAGUCUUCUGCUUAUUGCGGUGGAGCGGUACACAACCAUGAUGAAGCCCCUGCCACAAAAGUCCACCAUGACGUCCUACUAUCGCAUCUAUGGUCUGGUAGUGCUCUGCUGGGUGCUGGCUUUAGUGAUUGGCUUCCUUCCUUUGCUUGGAUGGAACUGUGUUUCCAGCCUGGAUAAAUGCUCUACCCUCCUCCCUCUUUACUCCAAAUCAUACAUUUUAUUCUCGCUCAUUAUUUUUUUCCUCAUCCUCCUGGCAAUCGGAGUGCUGUACGGUGCUAUCUACUGCCAUGUGCACAAAACUACCCAGCUCAACCCCCUAAAAAGUCGGAAGCGCUCCAUAGCUUUGUUGAAAACCGUGGUCACAAUAGUUGGGGUGUUUUUGCUGUGCUGGGGACCGCUUUUCCUGCUUCUUCUGGUGGACUUCUUUUGUGAAUCUCGCCAGUGUGCUCUGCUCUUCAGCGCUGACUUCUGCAUCUCUCUGGCCGUGUUGAACUCAGGCCUCAAUCCCAUUAUAUACGCGCUGGGCAGCAGCGACAUGAGGAGAGCCAUGGCUGAGCUGCUGUGCUGUUGCUGCCUGAAGAUGGGUUUCUGUAAUCCAGAGAAGUUCACGUCCAAAGACACCAGUAGUACAUCGGAGAGCAGAAGGGACAGUCUUAGGAACAGCUUCAGUAAGAUAAGGAAUCUCAGCGUGGUGUCGCCUCCGUCCACUCCCAAAAAGACUAAAAAGAAAGACAGAAAGGGCAGACGGAGCUCCACAACCACCUGCUUGUCAGUUUCAAGUGGUUAGACCACAAGGCUCUCCUCCCAAACUGCCAUCAUCUCUAACGGUUUCCUGUGCUAUGAAACUAGUGCACUGAAAAAUAUGUAUAAAUGGACAUAUUUGUACAUUCAUAUUAUUUUUGUAUAUUAUAUGUUUUAUAUUUUGUGUGUACAGAUGUAUAAAAUUGCUGAGAAUAUGUAUCUGAAGCUAUGUAUUUGACU